AGUAAUACUAGUAACCAAAAUAGUAAUCUUAACAAUAGUAACAAUGGUAAUGUCGAUAAUUUAAAUAACGAGGAAAGAAAUGAAAAUAAUGACGAAAACUUCACUGGGGGUGACAGACCGCAGGGCGGUUCAGAUGGACAAAGAAGACGUCCAAAGCGUUUUACUAGGAGAUUCUGGAGCAGGCGACCACGAAGACCACGAAGCGACACUGAGGGAAGCCAAAGUGGAGCUGAUGGAGAUGCUUCCGGUAAUGACAAUGCAGCAAAUGCCCAAGAAAAUCGUGAACAAAGACCUCGUCGUCCAAGGCGCCAAGGAACUGGAGUUUCUGGCUCUGGUUCUGGGUCUGGUUUUAGAGUCCGACGAAUGGGUCGUGGUGGAGGCAGUGGAAGCGGUGGGGGUGGUGGUGGCGGCGGCGGUGGAAGACGUGGUCCACCCCGGGGAAAUCGUGGAUCAAACAGUCGAGAUGACAAAUCCCAGGCUUCCGAUCGUAAAGGAGCUGCAUCAGAAAGCGCAGCCCCACCUGUUCCUGCUUCAGGUUAAUCAAGUUUCAAUCGAUUAUCUUCAACUUUCAUCAUCAACAACAAUUAAUCAACAAUUAAUCAACAUCACUCUUACUAUUACCACCAGUCCCCUUUAUCAACACCAAUUUAGAGUUAACAAUCAACAUCAAUUUUGAGUUAACAAUCAACAUCAAUUGAUUAUACCAAAACUAUUACAAGUUAAAUUAACAUCAUCAAUAUUAUUAUUAUAAUUAUCAAUCAUCAGGAAAAAAAUUCAACAUCAGCAACAAUCAACUAUAACAAUUAACAGCACUCACAAAGACACACACAUACACGGAAAACGAUUCAAUCAACUUCGAAUCAUGAUUAUGAAGAUGAAACUUUGCAAAAAUGGAUUUAACUACAAUUUACCAUCGUUAUUACUAACAUCAACCAUUUGGAAAAUUGGACAAUUUAAUCCAUCAAUUGAUUAAACCUAAAUACAAAAAAAGGAUUAAUUACAAAGAGUAUAACAAAAAGAAACAAAAAAAUUUAGUUUAAAUUGAGAGGGGAUAAAAUUAAUUACUAAAAAUGCUCUUUCAUGUACAGCAGAAUUUUUCAUUUUCAUAACUCAAGUCAUGUGCGUUCAUUUUUUUUUCAAUAAAUUUCUAUUGCCCGAAAGUAACAACAAUAGAAUUGAAUCUAA